AUGCCAAUUUACUCAACGCUCUACCUGAUCAUCAUAUUUGAGACCUUCAAAUCGCCCACCAUGUACGUCGCCAUCCAGGCCGUGCUUUCCCUCUUCGCCUCUGGUCGUACCAUUGGUAUCGUUCUCGACUCUGGCGACGGUGUUUCACACACUGUACCUAUUUAUGAGGGUUACGCCCUCCCCCACGCCAUCAUGCGUCUGGACUUGGCUGGACGUGAUCUCACCGACUACCUCAGGAAGAUCCUUACCGAGCGUGGCUACUCUUUCGCCACUACUGCUGAGCGUGAAAUCGUCCGUGACAUUAAGGAGAAGCUCGGCUACAUAGCUCUGGACUUUGAGGAGGAGAUGCAAACUGCUGCCUCAUCCUCCUCCCUCGAGAAGAGCUACGAGCUUCCCGACGGACAGGUCAUCACCAUCGGCAACGAGCGAUUUCGUUGCUCAGAGACCUUUUUCCAGCCCUCUUUCAUUGGAAUGGAAUCUGCUGGAAUCCAUGAGACCUGUUAUAACAGCAUCAUGAAGUGCGGUGUUGACAUCCGUGAGGAUCUAUACGCCAACACCGUUCUCUCCGGAGGCUCCACCAUGUUCCAAGGAAUCGCAGACAGGAUGCAGAAAGAGAUUGUCGCCCUUGCCCCACCAACCAUGAAGAUCAAGAUCAUCGCUCCUCCAGAGAGGAAAUACUCUGUAUGGAUCGGAGGCUCCAUUCUUGCCUCUCUCCCCACCUUCCAACAGAUGUGGAUCAGCAAGCAGGAAUACGAUGAGUCCGGUCCAUCCAUCGUCCACAGGAAGUGCUUCUAAACAAGUUGAUUUUCUUCUACUUCUAAUGAGCAACCCGAUUUGUUUUUAU